AUGACGGACCAAACCCAGGUCGAGAGCCCGGUUCGGGUCGACAUGACCCGACCCAUGAACAAACGGGUUCGAUUCGGUUCCCGUUGCAAGAUCCGUGAUUUUCCCGCCAUUAUCAUUGUGGCUGUUGUCAUUAGGGCCGAUUUUAUGGCGGCCGGAGACCAAUUCCGGUGGGAUUUUCUUAGAAGGGCAGCCAAGCCGCUCACGUGGGGACACGACAUGGAGGCGCCGGAGAUAAUGUUGAACUCGACUUUUCGAGAGUCUGACUCGAGAUCGGUCGAGCCCACGUGGCCCGUCCAGCCAGCUAGGAUGUUGACACCUAGCGCAAUCACGUCC